AUGACGAGCACGAUUCUGGUGAUCGGAGCGACGGGUUACAUCGGGAAACUCAUCGUGGAGGGAAGCGCCAAGUCCGGUCACUCAACGUUCGCUCUGGUUAGAGAAGCUUCUCUCUCCGAUCCUGUCAAGGCCAAACUCGUUGAUAGCUUCAAAGAUCUCGGCGUCUCCAUUCUCUACGGAAGUUUAAAUGACAAAGAUAGCUUAGUGAAAGCUAUUAAACACGUCGACGUCGUGAUUUCAGCUGUUGGUCGACUCCAAAUUCUAGAUCAAACCAAUAUCAUCGACGCCAUCAAAGAAUCUGGAAAUGUUAAGAGGUUCUUACCGUCGGAAUUUGGCAACGACGUGGACCGUACGGUGGCCAUCGAGCCGGCGCUGUCGGAGUUCAUCAUGAAAGCUCAGAUACGUCGUGCCAUAGAAGCUGCAAAGAUACCUUAUACGUAUGUGGUCACAGGUUGCUUUGCUGGCUUUUUCGUUCCUAGUUUGGGUCAAUGCCACUUGCGGCUCAAAUCUCCUCCUAGAGACAAAAUUUCAAUCUACGACAAUGGCAAUGGCAAAGCUAUUAUCAACACUGAAGAAGACAUUGUUGCAUAUACAUUGAAAGCUGUUGAUGACUCGAGAACACUUAACAAGAUUCUCUACAUUCACCCGCCCAAGAACAUUGUAUCCCAGAACGAUAUGGUCGGUUUGUGGGAGAGAAAGAUCGGCAAGACUCUUGACAAGACAUAUGUUUCAGAGGAAGAACUCCUCAAAACCAUCGAAGAGAGUCAGCCUCCAAUGGAUUUUGUGAUGGGUUUGAUCCAUACAGUACUUGUGUAG